CGUGCUCCCGACACGACGGCGUUGAAAAACAAACCCAGAUGCUCGGCCCUUCUUCGCUGCCUUAGGCUGUUUCAACCGCUGGAAUUAGUCUCCGGCACUGCUGUGCUGCCGUGUUCAUUAGCAAAUAUCGUGGGAAUUGCAUGCAAGUUUUAGAUCAUUUUUGGAAGGAAAGGCAACUUGAAGAUAGGUGUUAUUUUGAUAACACCGAGAGCGUUUUUAAGAUGAGUUUUCCUGAAGAGAUGGUCUGAAGCUUGAAACUGAAAUAUUGGAUGGAAAGCCUAGACUAAUUUUGGCUUCUUACGGUAAAUCAAAACCUGCAGUGAAGAUGGGUAAUAAAGCCAGAGUCCCUAAACAUGCCUUGAGAAUAAGGCACACUGGGCAUGUGUCGAGGUCAACACAGAAUCAGAUCAAGCAUGAAAACUUAACAAAACCGAGGAGCGAAUCAAGUUUAUCAAUGACAAAAGGUGAAAAAGUGCAAAUAACUGCAAAUAACUCCUCUCAUGAAGCCCCAAAUGAAGAUCACACUUUGAUUUUCCAAAGAGAUAACACAAGCAGAAAGCUUGAUUCAGAGAAUCUUAAUAUUGUUAAAAAAAGUAAACAGAAAGUGCAAACUCCACAUACAUCAACUGAAGACCUAAGAAGUAGUUUGGUGUGUUUAACACAAGAGCAGCUUGAACGGAUUUUGAUGACUGUAAAAGAAGGAACUAGAAGCGUUUCUGAAGUUCAUAACGAAAAGCAAGAGGAAAUGGCUGCUAAUGAGGCAUCAGAGGAAAACACUAUGGCACUGCUCCAAAAAGCCGGUGAAGAUGAAGCUAACUCCAAUUCAAGCAGGAAACAAGAAGCACAUCCACACCCAGGAGAGAAAGUUGUUAUAAAGAAUUCUUGGAAACCUGCUGACAUGUUUAGUACCUUGGGUGAAAGAGAAGUGGAUAAAGCCUUAUUAGAAAUCAAAAAGACCCAAUGGAAGAAGGAAUUAGAUGAACAGGUAGCUCUGAAGAAGAAACUGAAAGAAACUUUGGAGGGAGAGGUGGGUUAUUUCUGGGAGAAACCUGCCAGUGAUAAACCCUAUUCAGAAAAAAUGGGAACAGCUGACCCAGAUAAGUCACUUUAUUUGCAGACAAUGUUUCCAGCUGAUUCGGUUAUCACUACUGACGAAAACUGUGUCUGUAGAACUAUUUUAACCACAGAGGCUAAUGAAGUUCCACUCAGUGUGUCAAGAGGUCCGACUGGACAGCGUUCCGAUUUCAGUUCUUCUGACUUACCAGCUGUCAGUUACACAGCGCUUGUGUUAGGGGAAGCUACACCACAGGAGCAACCUUUAAGUGCUCUGAAGCACGAGCAACAGAAAAAGCGGCUUGAAGAGCUGGACAAACAGAAGGAAGAAGCUAAGCUACGAAAAAUAGAAGGAAAACUAAAUUUAUCAAAGGCUGAAGAGCAUGACAGAUGGGCAAUGCAUUUUGAUUCUUUAAACCACCUUAAUGCUAAUGCACAACACCCCUUAAAUGGAAUGUACAAAAAGCAGCCUGAAAUUCUUUGCCUGUCAUCUGAUCCUAAGGAGCUGACUGCUUUUGUUCACCCUUUUUCACCUUCAGCUUUAGGCAACCUCACGCCCUCAAAGGUGGGAAAUGCAGAAAAAGCUGCUAAAAACAGUCCUUUGGAACACGGUCAGAAAGUCAGUUUCCUUCGUUCAAUGACAGCUCUCCUGGAUCCUGCACAGAUUGAAGAGAGAGAUAGGCGGCGACAGAAACAGUUAGAACAUCAGAAAGCAAUAAUGGCUCAAGUAGAAGAAAAGAGGAAGAAGAAACAACUGGAGGAAGAGCAGAGAAGAUGGGAAGAACAAGAGGAAGAACAGCGUCUAGCACGAGAAAGAGAACUAAUGCAGAAACAGUUUGAAGAAGAUAUGCUGAAACAAAAACAAAAGGAAGAACUCAUGACUCUUAAAACAAAGGAGCUCUAUCAGACAAUGCAGAAAGCGCAGGAAUUAGCCCAGAGAUUAAAACAAGAACAGCGCAUUCGAGACUUGGCACAGAAAGGACAUGACAUUUCAAAACUUCAGAAGAAUCUUGGUGGUGGUGAUACUGUAUUUGAAAGUUAUAAUACUGGCGUUUCACAUCAAAGUCAAAAGUUUUCUGAUGACGUUAACAGUGAAGUUGAUCAGCAGACUUCUCCUCGGAAAGACACUGCCGUACAGACAGAUGACUUUAAUACAUCAGCAUAUGCUGAAGAAAGAACUGUGUGUUGCGGAUCACCUGAUAUUUCCAUAGAAUAUAAAGAAACCUCUAACAGCAAAAAAUACCAGAAAGAAAUGCAGUAUACAGAUAAAAAUACAAUUGCAGAAAAAGGGAACGAUGGCAUUUACAAUGAUCCGUAUGAACAAUUUGCAAGAAAAGACAGACAAGUUAAACCUAUGGAAAAGUGUGGCAAAAGACCUGACUGGAACAUAAACAAACCUGGGAAAAGAUACAUUCCAGCAUCAGAAAGAUACCCUAAACAGCUACAGAAACAAAGGGAAGAAAACAAAGUAAGACGACAAAUGGAGCUGCUGCAUUUGGUAGAAAGAAAUACCCCUGGGAAUCUCUGCCAAAAGAAGGGUAGUUCUUCAGACAGGUCUCCCUCACCUCAUCAAGAAAUAAAUAGGAAGAAUAAGGGACAUACAGUCAGAAAGGAAGAACAGUUACAUAAGAAUCAUUUGAAUGAAGAAAGAUCUGAAUCACCACCUGUUCCAGCAGUUAAGAACAAAUUACACCAAGGACAACAAAAACAGAUGCAUACUUCUAAUUUCCUGGUGCUUAACAACAAUAGUGGAAGAGAGAAAAGUAUCAACACAGAUACACAUCAAAGGAGCUCCCCUGCUCCGGUUACGGAACCUGGGAGGCCUCCUUCUUCACACUUUAUUCCGUAUGUUCGAACAAAUGAAGUGUAUUAUCUUGAUCCAGACGCGCCAGUGACUAGACCUUCGACACAUGACCCACAAUAUCGACAGUUUAAUGAUUCUUACCCAACAUCACGACAGAUUUUUAGCUCUGAUCACAUUAGAGAUCCCCUUCUAAAUCCUGAUGUGGUUAAAAUCAGAGAGAGACAACAAGCAAUUCUCAAAGGAUUGUCAGAAUUACGCCAGGGCCUCCUGCAGAAACAGAAGGAGCUGGAGACCGGUUUAAUUCCAGCUAUAGCUCAAGAAGAGAACUUUAUUUCACCGUUUUAAAAGCUGAUCCUCUUGACCUCUUCCUGCCCCUCCUGAAGGAGAGCAGCAGUUAGCAUUUGUAGACUUUCUCCGUAUUUAUAGCACCUUUUACAUGACCACAUUACAGAACUAGUCACUACUCACUGCAGUAAGAGCUAAAUUUGAAGAACGGACCUCCUAGAAACUUAAGAAAUCCAGUGAUGCCCAAGACAGCCUCUUACAUCUCUGGAGAACAGCAGACUUCAGAAGACUUCAGAGACAAUUUUAUUUUUCUAGUAAGAUUCGUGAAGUGCUAAAGCGUCACAGAUGACUGUAAAAAGUGUCAACAGUCAACGGACAAACCCUUGCGUUAACUCCUAUAUCCUAUGUCUAGGAUGUGAAUGUUUGAGCUUCCUAAUCAUCCACUUUGCCUGUUACCUCUGCAACCAUAUCCUCGUCUGUCUAUAUGCACAGUGGCCAUUUCCUCCAAGAGCAAAAGAAGUGUGUUCUAUCCAAACAACUUUACAGUCUGUUACUUAGCCACAUGACAACAGAUUUUUGAUGUUUAACACUAAGAAGCUGCAGAAGACGUGAUCCAAAAUUUCCCUAUCAUUUCUUUGAAAGUUCUAUGAAUAUUAUGGAGGGAAAUGCAUUUCCCCUGCCCUCCUCCCCUGUCAGUCGAGAAAAAAAAAAUAAAAUAAAAUCUGCAGAACUACACAACAGGAUGGAUAUCAGAAGAGUCUAAAAGACAGAUUCCAGUAUUCCUCAAAGAUUAUCAGAAAUUAAUAACUUUUUACUCAGAAUGUGCACUCAACCCAUUCUGUCUUGGAUUAGUCAUAAGAGGACUUGAUUUCCAGCCUUGAAUUCAGAGGUCCCGAUGACUACUCCUACCACCCGGUUUCCACACCCUUCAAAUCCAUGCUGUUGAGUUUUCCCAAGAAUUGAUACUGUUGACUCAUCAAGAAGUAGAAGGAGAAGCUUUUUUAAAUAAUAUUAUUUAAGAUUUCAAUGUUUAAAUAAA